AUGAGCCCGUCUAAAAAUUUUCAAAAACCUGCGUAUCCUAAGCGAACUUCCCGGUGUUUUGCUGAAGGCUCUAACGAACAUUUAACUUAUGAAUGUAUUAAAAAUCUUGAUGAACAAUCAGAACAACAAGAACAAAAACCUAAUAAAAUUGCACUAAUAUCACAUAGUCUGGUCAAAAACCAAAAAAAAUCACCAUUUUACGCGAAACAGCUCGAAACAGGAAACAAAAUUGAAUUAACCGAAUGGCAUGUAAUUAGCAGUGACAUUCGACCAAAACGCCUUUUAAUCAAAGAGUCCAUUGCUAUAAAAAGUCUACAACCUAGUCUAAAUCGAACUGUUGCAUCUGCACCACUAUAUGUAUAUCCCGAAGGUUUACCUAAAUACUUUAUUCCGGACCCGGGAGGUUACAGACAAUCAUCCUCACCAUUUUUAUGA